CGUAAAUCCACCUCACUCUUACAGGCAGCAGUUUGUGUGGCAGAGCCGUGUUUCUCUUGAAUGGAGACGCCAGCCGAGGAGACAGCAGAUGACUUCAGCUAGAAAACGUUGGCCGGCUGUGAAGACUGCAUGUCGUCGCGUCUAAUGAGCGAUACCCGGCAGCAGCGCCGCUAGAUGGACGGAUAGCCAGCGGAGAGAGCCCCGUCUCUGACAGCCGCCACAUUCAGUUCAACACCGCUCGCCGAGGGCAAAGGCACAACGAAACUAGCAUCAUGUUCCUGAAAACAUCGUUCACCACCCUGAUCGUGGGGGUGUUUGUGGUGUACGUGCUCCACACCUGCUGGGUGAUGUUCGGGAUAGUGUACACUAAACCCUGCGACAGCUCCCAAAAUGACGGCUGUAUCACACCCUUUCUGGCAGAGGACCCAAAGCUACAGUUGAGUAUCUACACUGCACUGCGGCCCGAUGCGGAGGGAGGACACACUUUGAUCCACAAAGAAGAAACAUUUGACGUCAACAACAAAUUUGAGAGGAUAGUAAAUGUCUCCAUCCCAAAGAAGACCCGCAACAAUGGAACUUUAUAUGCACUGAUAUUUGUCCAUCAAGCCGGCGUCACUCCGUGGCAGGAUCCACGACAGGUCCACAUGGUGGCUCAGCUCACCACAUACAUGGUCCCUAAACCGGCAGAAAUCUCUUUGAUAACCAGAGAGGAUGAAACACAGGGUGAGAAAGAAGAAGUCCAGCAGAAGAAGCCUGACGGUAACCCGGUGGCAGGAGGUGGAGCUGGUGCCGCUUCCACUGCCGAGCCCCCAGUUUCCCACUGGCGCACCCGCCUGACCCUCAACAUAGUCGGAGACCACUUCCUGUUCGACAAAGAGCACCUGCCUGGUGACGUCCACAGAUACCUCCGAGUAUUCCAAAAUGGUAAGAAGAUGGUUUAUCUACCGCUGCUGUUUGUUGAUGAGCUCAGCAACCGUGUCAAGGACCUCGUGGAGAUCAACAGUACCUCCAAGGAGCUCCCUUUGACCAUCUCCUACGACUCUAUCUCUCUGGGGAGACUACGAUUCUGGAUCCACAUGCAAGACGCUGUUUUCUCUCUGCAACAGUUCGGUUUCACGGAAAAGGAUGCUGAUGAGAUUAAAGGAAUCUUUGUGGAUACCAACCUGUACUUCCUGGCUCUCACCUUCUUAGUAGCUGCCUUCCAUCUCCUCUUUGACUUCCUGGCAUUCAAGAACGACAUCAGCUUUUGGAAGCAGAAGAAAAGCAUGGUGGGAAUGUCCAGCAAAGCAGUGCUGUGGCGAUGUUUCAGCACCAUCGUGGUUUUCCUCUAUUUGUUUGACGAGCAGACCAGCCUGCUGGUCCUCAUACCGGCCGGCGUCGGCUCUAUCAUUGAAGUGUGGAAAGUGAAGAAGGCCCUUAAAAUUCAGGUUUCCUGGAAAGGAGGCAAACCAACAUUCAUGUUUGGUGAAUUAGAUGAAUCGGAGAGGAGAACAGAGGAGUACGAUACUCUGGCCAUGAAGUAUCUCUCAUACCUCCUGUACCCGAUGUGUAUGGGAGGGGCUGUGUAUGCUCUAAUAUUUCUACGAUAUAAGAGUUGGUACUCGUGGCUGAUCAACAGUUUGGUUAAUGGUGUAUAUGCUUUUGGCUUCCUCUUCAUGCUUCCUCAAUUGUUUGUCAACUAUAAGCUGAAAUCUGUGGCCCACCUGCCCUGGAAAGCCUUUACAUACAAGGCAUUCAAUACCUUCAUCGAUGAUGUGUUUGCCUUCAUCAUCACCAUGCCAACGUCACACAGACUGGCCUGCUUCAGAGACGAUGUUGUGUUUCUCAUAUACCUCUACCAGAGAUGGCUCUACCCAGUGGAUAAAACAAGAGUAAAUGAAUAUGGAGUUUCUUAUGAUGAAAAACCCGAAGAAAAGACUCAUAAGGACUAGUGAGGAAAGACGAGUGAGGAAAGACGGGUCAUUGGCUUCCGUGAUCUGGUACCUGCAUGUUUCAUUUUCCACUGGUCUCCACUGAUUGGUAUGGGUCAUUCGGUAUCAUCUGAGCCAGAGGCAUCUGGUCAGUUAGUUGUAAAUGGACCCGUUGGAUCAACAUCCUUGUGGUUUUGUUCUUUUUUUCUCGCUCUUUCCCAAAAUGCAAAGUGUUGAAAGGUCAUCAUCAGCUUAUCUGCCUCUUGCAGUCAGGAGUGGAAUUGUUUUUGUUUUGCAGCGUGUGACGGAAAGAUCACUAAGAUGAAUCUCUUCUACACCAUUUCAAAAUGAGGCGACAACUCGUAAAAACGUGUUUGUGAUUGGUGUGAAUGGCCGGCGCCCUGUUCACGACAAUGGCCUCGUCUACCGUGGGCCAGACCGGCUUUGGUUUGAAAGAGUACGCGGAUGACUUUCGUGAAGUCAGCACUUCCUGUUCAAACAUCAUGUGCUUCCACAAAGCCAGUCGCAUCCAUUGUCUAUUGGAACGGCGCCACACUUGGUGGCCGUGUAUGAUUUAUUUCCGGGGAGAAACUCUCAUUUCAAGAGGAAAACAUCUCUUGAGGACCAUUGUCAUUAUCGUAUUUUCAGAAUUUGAAUUGCAAUAAUCAAAAAUGUAUAAUAUUUUUUUUUAAAUGUGUUAAUAAAUUCCAGUUAACUUAGUUUUGAGAAGAACCUGGUUCAGACUACUUUGAAGAACUCAUAUUUAAAUUGAUUUUCCAUAUUUUUAUUAUAGAAGCUUAAAGUCUGAUACAUUGGAGCUUUCAGAACAAUCAGUUUCCCAGUAAGUGGAUGUACUGAUGGCUCAGUUAAUUAUUCCUGAUUCAGAGCUUGGGAGCUUUUCUGGAAAUUAUUUUGAAUUGUGCUAAAAAUAUUUAAAUAUUGCUCAGUGAAAAGACUUAACAAUUUGCCUUUUAGAAAGUGUGAAUGUGUAGUCAUUUACAUGUUGUGUAUCCCAGAUUAUAAUGUGGACUAAAGUGGACAUGUUUUAACCCUGAGGAACAGAGGGAUGACCAAACGAGAGGGGUAUCUACUGACCGGCAUUAUAUCGUCGAGCAAGAUGUUAAACAUAUCUCAAGCCGAUGUUUAGUACAUAACUUAUUCCAAACAUCUAACCAAAAUCCCACUGACUUCAAGGCGAGGGAACUGAAAGGGCAUUAAUGCAAACUCAUCUCUGGGUUUUAGGACUCAUUCCUUCAACACGCUAAAUACACACAUGACUAAAGGGACUAAAGCAAGGAGUCAAUGUCAAAUGUUCCUAAACAUAAACCUGACUUUCACUCCACUGGAACAAGGGAGGGUACUCCUCAAAGCCAUACUGUCCUUUCCAUCCACUCUAGUUUUGUAGUUUUACCUGCUUGAGUAUUUUUUACAUAUCGGGGCCAAGAAGAUUUGUUGGUGCCAAAUGUGAGAAUGAUUCAUCAAACUGUUUGUGAGCUUUGUACGUUCACCAUAAACGAUCCAUCUGAUGUUUUAAAUAGACACUGACAUUGUGAGGGAAACGGUAAAUGGUAAGACUCGAGGAAAGUAUUACUACAUUUUGAGUUACAGUCAUAUCUCGUUUUUCUUCCACAGUUCUAAUGUUGUUUCUGUUAAAUACUUUUUGUAAUAGUAAAGACGAUAUGGAUACAUAAGGUCUGUCCAUAAUGAUCAAGCCUAUGUUCUCUGCUCCUGUGUAAAUGAGACCAGGCAAGAUUUGCCAGGAAAUUGCCUUUGAAAUCAUCUCACUUAUUCUAAGGAUUGUGUUUUUGAUUGUGAUUUAAAUAAAAUUGUUGACUGAA